GUUUCACGCAUGCCGGGCCUUUAUGAGCUAUCGCAAAAGUCGCCGCUUGCGGAUGUCAUCCUUGCACAGCAGCGCCUUUUUCCUGAAUCAUUUCGCUUCAUGCCUCAGACCUGGCACCUCCCCGAGCAACUGGCCCAGUUCCAACAAGACCACGCACAUCGUGAGGCCACUCACCCCACCUCAUAUCAACGCUUCUACAUUGUGAAGCCCAACGAUGGGCGACAAGGCGCCGGAAUUUUCCUCAUUACCGAUCCGCAUGACGCUCGUUUGCGUCGAAUGCGGCGCUCUCACGUUGUGCAAGAUUACGUGGCUAAUCCUCUUCUGCUUGACGGCUUCAAGUUUGACAUGCGCCUCUACGUUUUCAUUCAAAGCUUGGAACCUUUUCGAGCGUACUUGCACCGAGAAGGCAUGGCACGCUUGUGUACUACGCCCUAUGCACGACCCACGCCAGAAAACAUGGAUGAGAUCUUCAUGCAUUUGACAAAUUUUAGCCUCAACAAGCGCUCAGACAACUAUAGGCAAGCUGGCAAAGCGUCUCACAACAAUGACAAUCCUGACGAUCAUGACGACGACGAUGACGAAGGCGGCAGCAAGCGCUUGCUGAGUUCGGUCAUGGAAACACUUGCCGCCGAAGGAAGCAAUACGUCUGUCAUGUGGGCUAACAUCGAAGAUCUGGUCUGCAAGACGUUGCUGGCUAUGUACCCGCAUAUGCUUGUUGAAUACCGGAAGGCUGUACCCAAGGAGAGGGCCGUACGCCCUUUUCAGCUUUUAGGCUUUGAUGUUCUGAUUGACGAGACGUUGCACCCGCAUUUGAUUGAGAUCAACGCCAACCCAAGCCUGCGCAUUGAU